ACCUGACCUCUCUGAACAGACCGCGCAUUGAAUUUGGUCGGGUCCACUGAGAUAAGUACUGUAGGAUGUAUAUGUUAUACAAUAAGGGGGCAUGAAUUGCAGUGUGUCAUCGCCUUUUCCUCAAUGUGGAGGCGUCCAUCACGUUUCUACUUGUCAUGCUCCUUACGUGUAACCCAGAGACCAAGUCGAGAAAGGAGAUAGGCCUACGCUUAGAGCAGUGAGUCUUCCCGUUUUACAGAACGUGGGAGGUGGCUCAGGCUAAAAGACAGUCACUGAUCGACCUUGUGGUGGCAUUAGUGUCACUGCCGCUUCUAGUGGUGUUUGGGCUGAUGUUGGAAAGCAAUAUGAGAGGUGACUGGACCAAUGAUCCUGAAAUGCGCUGGCAUGUGCUUGGCCUUGGCCUGGCACUGCUCUUUGUAAGCCUCAUGGUCUGUGGUUAUAUCACUCAUCGCCUGGGCAUCUGCAUCUGGGCAGCAUCUCAGGAACCGUACAGUCCACACUAUGGAUCAGACGACACAAGACCCUCUACAAGUAGUAAGCUACAUCUGGUAGUGGGUGAUGAAUUACCUCCAAGUUAUGAAUCUGUUGUCUCAUGUGGCAAACCUCCCCCAUACCACUCAACCAUGGUAUUUGAUGAGAAGCGUGAUCACUCUGGAGCGCAUGCAGCAGCAGUCCUGAAACAGGCCACUGGCUGAACAGAUUGCUGCUAUGGAAGACUCAUUGAAUGGCUGUGAAAACGAUAUUCAGGAGAAGAAUCUAAUGUCUACUUAAAUACUACCCGAAGACCAAUGUUGACUUCUUCGGAAUCUCAUCACCAUAUAAUGUGACCUAUGCAAGAACCAACGUUGUCACAAGUGGUUGUGUGGAGCUGCAGUUUGGCAUCUACUCACUGCUCAUAUCUGCAUGUGGUGAGAAUAGAUGAGGUGCUCCUCUGCACAAGAAUUGGAGCAAUUUUCAGACACUGUGAGAAAUUAAAUGUUGGUAUUCCUUUAUCAUCAUUUUUUCUUCAAAUUGAGUGGCAAAGAUCAAUUAGAGAGCGGUGGGAAAAAUAGUACAGGUAAGGAUUUGUUUACUUAAAACAGAAGUGAAAGAAGGAGAAAAGAACUCAAUUUAUUCUUUCUUUUUCAUUUCUGAAAUGUCUUUUUAAACCUUGAUAAGGUUAUACAAUAUUCUGUAUUAAGAUUAAAAUUGUGUACUGAUUUCAGUGUUGUGAGAUUAGUCUGUCCUAUGUUAGAAAGUGUAGGGUAUUGCAGACAUUCUCUUUGCUCACCAUAAUAUGAGUAGUUAUGCAAGAAAUGUUUUUAUGAAGGGUUAUAUCCUUGUGUGGGUUCGAGAAUACUCAUGCAGUUUACAGGAGUGCUUUCAUAUCAGUUAAUUCUGCUAGGUUUUCCGAGUUUUUGAAGCAUGAAGAAUGCCGUUUUCUGGAAUGUUGUGCCGUGUAGAUCUUGUGUGAAGCAUGUUGAGAGAUUUCAGUUUAUUGAAGCUAUCAGAAUAAAAUGUCCUGGUACUGAACCAAGAAUUAGAAUUAUAUGAAAACUUGAAGUUUUAAUGUAUAAACUAAAAUUUUAAUGUAUAAGUAAUUUAAAAUAUUUUAAAGUAUUUGAUAAUAUCUUGAAGUAUUCAAUCAUCUGUAAUACUUGUAUUAAUAACCUUUCUGAUAGAGGCAUUGAUUGUAACAACUUAAUUCAUAAUUCAUUUCAAUCAUCUGAUAUCACAGAAAAUUUUCUGUAGUGCACGUUUAGCAGUUCGCUGACAUGGAGUUCAUCAUGUGUGAAAUAACUGAUCUUGGUAUAUUAACUGAAAACCACACAUUUUAUAUAUUACGUAAAGCACACAAGGUACAGACGUGUGGAAAUGAUUUCUCUGAGCCUCUCACAUUAAUACUAUAUAGUCAAAAUUAUUAUUCCUGUGUACUAGUAAGAUAUUCCUGAAUUGGAGCUGCUUCUCGAACAGAUCAUACUAUAACAGAUUUAAGCAUGCAUAAAGCAUACAUAACAUGUUAGAUGUGGAGAUGCUUCUAAGGGUCUUACGGGUGAGCAAUUCCGAUACAUGCAGUCACUGUUAUUGCUUACUUCAGGAACUGCAUAUAAAUACUCUUGUUGAUUUGAUUAGCACAUUUUUUAUUCAUAAGAAUUACACAGAAGAAACCUGUACCUGAUUCAUGAUACAUUUCAUCCAAGAGGAUAUGAUAUGCAGACAUGAAAACAAUGCAACUCUUUAUUUUUUUCAGAACAGUAUUGAGAAAAAAUAUUCUGUUUGUAUUUGAUCCAAAAUGUUGUAGUGAAAGAUAAUAAUUUUGGCAAGUUUUAAUAAAAAACAGUCCUCAAUUUAAUGAAAAAUAUAUGCAUCUACACUAUAAGACCAUAGAUAUUAUUACAGAUGUGUAACAUAAUUUUGUUUCAGCAAUAAACACUCUUGUAUUUGAAA